AUGAUAAUAGCGGCAGGUAUUACAGAUCAAUUAGAAAUUUCAAUUGAUGAAGUUAAACGAUUGAUGGUUGCUGAACAACUUUUUAGAAAUAAUCAUGCACCAAGCUCAAUACCAACACAAGGCGCUUCAUCCAAAAAUGAAGUAUUGAUAGCUCAAAUUGUUUCAUUAAUACAAGCUAUUCCCUCGAUAUCUUUUUUCUAUCCGAACAAUUUAACUGCAUCAGCUUGUGUAGGUGAUUUUUCAUGGACAAAAUGGUUUAACUCAUUUAAACCAAAGGAUAACAAAGAUAUUGAUCAAGAAUUUCUCGCUGUAAUUCAAGCAAAAAAUGGUCAUGAUGUAUGUCCGAAGCCUAGAGGUAUUCAAGCAAAAACAGUAAGUGUACUUCAAGUUGAUGUUAGUUAUGCAGUAUCUUGGAAAACAAUGAAUGGCAUGAUUAUUGCAUGCAUCUCGAGUACUCCUGGUAUUGAUUUUCAAGUGCGAUUUUGCUGUCCUAAUGCUGAGUUUAUAACAACCACGACAACAAGACCACCACCAAUCAAUAAUCCUACAUGUGGCCGAGCAGAAAUAAAACCAUUAUUGCGAAUUGCACGUAUUUUUGGUGGGUCACGUGCUGUACCGCAUUCAUGGCCAUGGCAAGUUUUGUAUGAAGAAGGAAAACCAUGUGAAACAAAUAGAAUAUGCGUAGAGACUUGUGGUGGUACUUUACUUGAUUCAUACCAUGUACUGACAGCAGCGCAUUGUAUCAGAGGAAAAUUUCCUGAACAUAUUCUAAUUACAGCUGGUAUUCAUAAUAGACUACUUAGCGAAAAAAAUACAAGGCAAGAAAAAAAAGUUGCUCGCAUAUUUUCACAUCCUGAUUGGAAUAGUGAAACAUUAGCAAAUGAUUUGGCUAUUCUUCGAUUGAGUACACCCGUAAAAUUUAAUCAAUAUGUUCAACCGGCAUGCUUACCGGGUCCUGAUCCUCCGUCUAAUUCUGAUGUGGUUCUAAUCGGAUGGGGAGCUGAACAAAUGGGUGGAAAUCCAUAUGAUGAAUUAAAACAAGCUCAAGUUAAAGUUAUUGGUGAGUGUGAGCGAUUUUGGAAUCUAUUCGAUGAAGAAAAUCAAAUCUGUGUUGCGCAAACGGUUUCUGGCGAUUCAGCAUGUCAAGGUGAUAGUGGUGGUCCUCUGUUACAAAAUUAUAAUGAUCAAUGGGUUGUGCAAGGUGUAGCUAGUUUUGUCGAUGAUUGUAAAACAAAUGAAAAUUUUCCACCAAAUAUUUAUGUCAAAGUCUCAGCUUAUUUAACUUGGAUUAAAGGUAUUAUUAAUUAA